GGCACCAUCGAGUAUGGCUACCCGCAUGGGCACAUAGGGCACCUCACUCCAGAGGAGGAGGCUUCGUUUGCCGAGUUCAAGACCCUCUUGACCUCCAAGGGUUUGUACAAGCCCGGCCCGCCGCCGUCGCACGACGACACGGUGCUACUGCGGUUCCUGCGCGCCCGGCGCUGGGUUGUGGCCGACGCGCACAAGCAGUUCAAAGACACCGAGGACUGGCGCGCCGCCAUCCAGCUCGACGUGCUAUACGACACCAUCGACGUCGACGCGUACGAGCAGAGCCGCCGCCUGUACCCGCAGUGGACAGGGCGGCGCGACCGCCGCGGCAUCCCCAUCUACCUGUUCGAGAUCCGCCACCUCGACCCCAAGACCGUCAGCGCCUACGAGAAGUCCGUCGCCUCGACCUACUCGCGCGCCGCCCACGACGGCAAGACCCCCGCCAAGCUCAUCCGCCUCUUCGCCCUGUACGAGAACCUGACGCGCUUCGCCCAGCCCCUGUGCACCCAGCUCACCGACCGCGAGCACGCCCGCACCCCGAUCACCCUCAGCACCAACAUUGUCGAUGUCAGCGGCGUGAGCCUGAGGGGGUACUGGAACCUGAAGGGCCACAUGCAGGCUGCCAGCGAGCUGGCGACGGCGCACUACCCCGAGACGCUGGACAGGAUAUUUAUUAUCGGCGCGCCCAUCUUCUUCACCACCGUAUGGGGCUGGAUCAAGCGCUGGUUCGACCCCGUCACCGUCUCCAAGAUCUUCGUCCUCUCCCACUCCGAGGUCCUCCCCACCCUCACCUCCUUCAUCGACAUCGAGAACAUCCCCAAGCAGUACGGCGGCAAGCUCGACUUCAACUGGUGCGAGAUGCCCAACCUCGACCCCAAGAUCAAAGAGCUGGCCACCUGGGAGAACGGCUACACCGAGUUUCCCAAGGGCCCCGUCUACUGGGUGCCCAUCGACGGCGGCAAGAGGCUUGAGUGCAUCGCCAGGGGCAGCGUGAACAAGCAGCAGAGGAACGAGCGCGUCUGCACGAUACCAGCCGCCUUCGCAGACGGGGAG